GAUACAAACAACGACGAGGCAACAUCCGACAAUUUCACGUUUCAAUGGUCUGUUAAUAUGGAUCCUUCACUUGCUCGUAUUCGCUCUUCUUCCCACUUUGUAUUGUGAAAGUUCUCUAGCCCCUUCAUGAUGGGCCCUUUGAAGAUUAUUGCACUGGUCAUCCUAGUCAUUUCCUUCUUUACGUUUGUGACCUUCUUCGGAAGGCUACCAGCAUUAAGAAACACCCCUAUUGGGACCCUACAUCGCAUUUUAUGGCUUCACAUUCCGGGUAGCAUAAGGUCUCUGGACCAGAGGUUGACACAAGGUCGUCUCAGUGCUUGGACCGCGAAGAUAGCACACACCCUAUGGAAUGACAGACAUCCACUGGUAAUGAUAUUCUUCAUUCUGCUAUUAUCCGUCUCAGAAUUCUUAUUCCUGCCUCCUGCAUGGCCUCUUUUAAAUACCUCGCAAACAGCCAUCGCAAUCACAUUGGUACUGCUCCCAUACAUAUUCUUGUAUGCAUCAGCAGCGAGCGAUCCUGGCUACAUAACGCAAGAAAAUCAUUCACAUCAGAUGACCCUAUACCCGUAUGACUUCACUAUAUUCUAUCCAGGGCAGUCAUGUCAUACAUGCCGUCAACUGAAACCCGCACGAUCUAAGCACUGCAGCAUUUGCAAGCACUGCAUAGCUAAAAUGGAUCAUCAUUGUAUUUUUAUCAACAAUUGUGUUGGCUACCGGAACCAACACUACUUUCUACUUCUUCUCUUCACCACGGCCAGUUUGACGACUUAUGCAACUUAUCUCGGCUUCAGUCUUCUUUCUGGACAAAUUCGAAAAGAGAUUCCAGCUUGGAAGAUCUGGGGGCCAGGCUUCUCUUGGUCUGAAUAUGGCAACAUCUGGGCGUGGGUACUUCAAGAAUACACUCGUAUAGGCGCAGUCACGCUACUAUGUGGCCUGACCACGCCUCUCAUUUGGGGUUUGCUCGGCUAUCACCUCUACCUCAUCUGGGCAGGUACCACAACAAACGAGUCCAUGAAGUGGGGAGAUUGGGCAUAUGAGAUGGCGGACGGCUACGCAUUCAAACGAGAAUUAUCUUCAGAUCGACAUAAAGACGAGACGAUUGAACCAGUCUGGACACGAUGGCCUGUUGAGAGUGAGCAAAUUGUUCUUCGUACCGAUGAUGGCAUGCCCCCAACUGGUCCAGAUGCUAUAGGGGAGGGAACAUGGGAACGAGUUUGGAAAUUGAAAGACGUGGAGAAUUUGUAUGAUCUUGGAUUCUGGGACAAUUUGACCGAUGUCUUCAGACCUAGAUAUGGCUUCCGCCGUCGGGAACAUAGUUCCAGUGGUUCAGGGAGCAGGAGUCGUCCUUCAUCGGGAGAUGUCACUAGUGUAGCUCCGCCAUAGAUCAUUUGUACUGGAACGUUUAAUGAAUUUUCGAU